UGGGAGCGUCUGACUGAAGGGGCGAUAGAGAACCUGGUCAGUGUCUAAAUAGUCUCUCUUUCACAUGCACCUUUCUCCGCAUCUCGUCUGUGUGGAUUGCAAUCCCAUGUGUUUUUCUCUUCGAAAGUGGACACUGGGAUGUCUGUAGGCCAGGAGAAGACCAUACCCACACACGGGCCCCGCGUUGAUCAUUCUCCUCGGGAGCUUCCUCACCUUCCCCUAUCCUCCUCCCUGGUAGGGAGUGUGGGAGGAUCCAAUCUGGUCUGCAUUCCCCUCCAAUCGGCUGUGCAUAUGAGUUUAAAUAUGUGUGUGUUCAUGUAAAGGUACGGUAAAGUCACCGUAAACGCUAUUGUCUGGACUGAGGGCCACCACGCCUUCUCUAAGUGGUUGCGAAGGAGAGCCUUCAGGCCGGAGGUGAACCCACUGUCGCUGUUUAUUUCUCUAUUGCAAAUCGGCCGCCUAAGCCAACUAACAUAAAUGGAAAGAAGUGAAUGAACUACAUUUACAAAGAAGUGCAUUUGAGUGUGCAGUUAUGCAUCCCACCGAAAAUGGUGCGUGUAAUCAUGUGAAAGUUUUUAUCCGUGUCCGGCCUGAAAAUGCAAGAGAGCAGAAUGAAAGCCACCACAAAGUUGUACAUGUAGUUGAUAGGCAUAUGCUGCUUUUCGAUCCCAAAGAGGAGGAAAUUAACUAUUCUUACGGCUGCAAAGUUCGACACCGUGACUUAAAUAAGAGGAAAAGCAAGGACCUCCAAUUUGUCUUUGACAGAGUUUUUGGUAGUGAUUCGUCACAGUUGGAUGUAUUUGAAGAGACCAAAUCAAUACUGGAGAGUGUUUUCAAUGGAUACAACUGUACAGUCUUCGCGUAUGGUGCAACAGGAUCUGGAAAAACGCACACAAUGCUAGGUUCAGCAGGACAACCUGGGGUGAUGUAUCGAACUAUGAAGGAAUUAUACAAUCGAAUAGAACAGGUGAAAGAUGAGAAAUGUUGUGACGUUGCAGUCUCCUAUCUGGAGGUUUACAACGAGGAGGUCCGAGACCUGUUGACCAAUUCUAGAUCUCUGGCUGUGCGGGAGGAUGCUCAAGGUGGAAUCAUUGUCCAGGGGUUAACACUACAUAAGCCUACAUCAUCAAAACAGCUCCUUCAGAUGUUGGAUUAUGGAAAUAAAAAUAGGACUCAACAUCCAACUGAUGUCAACUCCAAUUCUUCACGUUCUCAUGCUGUCUUUCAGAUUUAUUUAAGGCAGCAAGAUAGAACAGCAAGCAUCCAUCAAAACAUUAAAAUUGCCAAAAUGUGCCUUGUUGAUUUAGCUGGAUCUGAACGUAUUAGUGCCAUGAACAUGAAAGAAGCUCGCUUCAGGGAGGGGGCAAAUAUUAACAGAUCUCUCUUGGCUCUUGGAAAUGUCAUCAAUGCCUUAGCAGAUUCCAAGAAGAAAAUCCAGCACAUUCCCUACAGAAACAGCAAGCUAACACGACUGUUGAAGGACUCUCUGGGUGGAAAUUGCCAGACAGUUAUGAUAGCUGCUAUCAGCCCAUCCUCUUUGUCUUACGAUGAUACAUAUAACACUCUAAAGUAUGCCAAUAGAGCAAAAGACAUCAAAUCUUCAGUAAGGAGUAAUAUUUUGAAUCUGAAUAACCAUGUCGGGAAAUAUGCAAAGAUUUGUGAAGAACAAAGGAAAGAGAUUAUGGAGCUCAAAGAGAAGUUGAAAGCUUAUGAGAGUGAAAAAUUGUUGUUUCUUAAUAACCAUGGAAGAGAUGUCAUUUUUGCUUCAAAUUCAAAGGAAACUGAAAUAAAAAGAUUUGAAGGUGUCCUUGAAAAUAUCUUCAGCAAACGACGCAAAAUCAGAGUAACCUGUUUAGAUUUAGAGCUGAGACUGAAAGAAAUGGAACUAAAAAUGUAUUAUUAUAAACGGCACCAGCAAUAUGCCACACUGUUUUCCUGUGACCAUGUAACGGCAAAGGCAUCUUGCAAGCAUGAACGUAGGCUGGCGUCACUAAUCACACAACACAAGCAUAUUCAACAAAAGCUGGAAACUGUCGAGAAAAUGCUUGAAGAAAAUAGUAACUGGUUGCACCGUGUGGAAAAUGAAAUGUGUUUAUUCAGCCAGGACGGAACAAUGCCUCAGGUCCUUAAUCAAGAUCUACAGUGCAGUCAUUUAAAGAUGGAAGUAAUGGACUUAAAACGACAAAUUCAACAUAUGAAGCAGUUAUUCUCUCUCCAAAAACCAGAGAACAGAAGAACAGAAAAGCUUAUAAACGCUUUACUUCCUGCAUUCCGCCAACAGUAUCAAAUGUUGAAAGAAGCUGGACUUGCUUCGACAGCUGUUGAGGGUACAUUUGUGCAAAUGGAGCAAUUAAUUCAUCAGGAAAAAGGGAUUGCAUGGGAAGACCAGAUUAUAGAAUUACCAGAAAUAAUACCUGAUGAGCAGCUAAACAUUUCCUCCAUCAUGAAUUACUCCCAGCUCACCUAUUGCCAGGCUACACCGUGCAAAGGAAGUCCUUCCAGAAGUUUGCAGGUAACAGCCAAAAAAGUCAAAAAUGGCAGGUCUCCUGAUCAAUUCAAAUCAUCAAGAGGCUCUCCAGGCAUUCAGCAGCAUAAUGUUCAAAAUCUUCAACCAUCCUCUCUUGUCGUCUUAAAAACCAGAAGAACUGCGGACACUGUAAAUCAGGAACAGAAACAAAGUUGCUGGAAAAGCUCAACAGACUCUAAGGAAAACCAACAACCAAUGGGAAAAGAAGGCACAGCAUCUACUUAUAAAUCCUCCAGACGACGGCUAGAGCAAGCACUGCUAACUGGCAAUGAUCCAGAUAAGAAUGCUACACAGAACUCCAGCUUUAUUCAGCUGGAUGAUAGCCUUUCCAAAGAAGGCUUUGCACUUAUAGACUAUACACCAGAGAGCUACAAGUCACAGAUUGUGCAAGUUCAGUGUCAGCUGCCUACCUCAGAGCUAGAACUCCAAAAGGCAAACUGUCACAGAAGAGAUAAGAGGGAAAAUUUAAGUGACACAGAAGAUACUGCUCCUGGACUGAGUGAGAAUCCAGUAAAUGUUACGUACAGUUUAGAAGAACAUAGCGAAUCUGCCACGCAGUCAAAAACUCAGCAUUCAUUUGUGAAUAAAAUCAGUUGUAACAAGACAGUCACUGGUUACAGUGCAUCAUUCAAGCACUCCAAGAAUCAAAGAACCAUUCUGCAAAGGUUGGGACUCCCAUCAUUGCUAUCUUCAAAUGGAACAAACAACAAGCCUUCUUACAUGGCUUUAACGUCUGCUGCCAGGAGGAAAAGGAGAUCUGAAAGUUUCAUGGGUAAGGCAGGUGAUAAUAUAGGACCUCUUCCAGAAAAGCGUGUAUGUCAAGAUUUGCUACCUAUUAUAGGUAAUAAACCUACACAAUUGCUAUUACCAGGAAGAUCCCACAGCCACAGAGAGGCCAAAAAGAAACGUAUUUUAAAAGGAGAUUCCACUUACAAAGGCCUAUCAAGUAAUAAGGGCAAAGGAAGACAUUUCAAAUCUCUGCAGCAUAUCUAAGUUCCUGCAAAUUACAAAAAUUGCAUUCAGACACUUGAUAAAACAGAAUUUGAACACUGCUGAAAAGAGUGACGUGUUGCCUAAGCUUUACAUCUUACACACAAUGGGACAAAUGCAGGAUUGCCAAAUUUCAGAUGGCCACAACAACCUAUACCUGACAAGAAAAACGAUUGCUGAUUGAAUGUCAAAUUGACUGUUAUUGACUAAGCUGUUCCCAUACAGAAACAGAGGAGAGCAAAAGGCUCCCCAUGCAUCUGCAUAAUUUAGGAAAUGCAGAAGGAAUUUGCCAUUUUCGCCUUCGUCCUGAUGAGCAUAAGAAGUAAAACUUUAACACCAUGUCUCUCUUCUUAGCAAUGAACAUAGUACUAUCUACCAUGGCUAACCUUUAAAACCAACAUAGUAACUACCUUUUCAGACUGAAUAAUGUAGUUUGGACUAUAUUCUCGAUCUGCAGAAAACAAUGUGCUGGAAUUCAGCUCCUUUUAAAAGCCACCUUAGUUCACUUCAAAACUUGUGAUCACCCAAGCAACCAUAUUUGAAAUAGUUCUGCUCAGCCAUCUGUAUUCAUAAAGAAGAAAUGUGUUUCAUGUAAAAUUGUUUUGUUUCCAACCAAUAAAAAACUUUUAACAUA